AUGGUAGAAUACUGUUCGGAUAUCAGACACUCGCACCUCACGUGUCACGGAUUCAAGACGGCCGUCGAUCACAAUUGGCCAUAUACAGUCCAAAUCAUUCGUAAUCUCAGCCAUCGCAGUUCAGCGCAGGCUUUUUGCCUGUCACCUCUCUCCCGCAGCUCUGGGCAUUCGAGCAUGGAGACACUGCGAACCGUUGUAGGCGCAGCUCGCAACCAUGGCCGUUUUGCCAAAGUCUUCCCUUGGGUCAAAGCACCCUUCAUCAUCGCAGCGCCCAUGCGUAUCUUUACUGGGCCUGAGCUGGCAUUCACAGUAUCGGCAUCGGGUGGCCUUGGCUUCAUCGGACCUGGUGCGAAGCCAGAAGACACUGCCGCCGAUUUGGCAACUACACAGGAGUUGCUCAGCAACACAUCCUUGACAGCCUUUCCAACUGCCUUCUCCGUAGGCGGAAAGAAGCUUCCUGUCGGUGUUGGCUUUCAGCUCUGGAACGGUGACCUGGCAGCCGCAACAAAGGCUGUCAAGGACUAUCAGCCUUGUGCUGCGUGGCUGUUUGCGCCCCGAAAUGGUCAGAAAGAGUUGGACGAGUGGACUGCGAGUCUUCGAGAGGCAUCUCCAGGCAUCCACAUUUGGCAUCAAAUUGGGACUGUUCAGGAGAGCAUCGACGCAGCGCAAAGUGCCCAUAAGCCCGACGUGCUAGUUGUACAAGGUGCUGAGGCUGGUGGACAUGGAAGAGCCACAGACGGAAUGGGAAUCAUGGCGCUGUUCCCAGAGAUCGCAGACAACGUGCGCAAUGCUAAUAUAGGACUCAUCGCUGCUGGAGGCAUUGUAGACGGACGAGGAGUCGCUGCUGCUCUGGCACUGGGAGCAGAUGGUGUCGCAAUGGGCACCCGCUUUCUUGCAUCUUCCGAGGCGCGGAUCAGCAAAGGCUACCAGAAUGAAGUGGUGAGAGCCAAAGACGGCGCUCAUGCUACAACGAGAACACAUUUGUACAAUCACCUAAGGGGCACUAUGGGCUGGCCAGAGCAGUGGAGUCCUCGCGGCAUCACUAAUAAGAGUUGGGAGGAGCACCAAGCGGGCGUGCCAUUUGAGCAGCUGAAGAAUCGGCACGAUGAAGCUUUAAAGACGGGGGAGGAUGCAUGGGGCGUGAAUGGACGGACAGCUACCUAUGCUGGUGCUGCAAUUGGCCUUGUACACAGCGUUGAAGAUGGCAGUACAAUUACAGUGAGGCUGCGGGACGAGGCGAAGUCGAUACUCAAGGGCUUGGGCAGUGAAUUGUAG